GCCUCAGACAUACAUGUUGUAAGUAUAUGUAUUUGCAGAAGUGGAAAUAUAAUUGCAACAUGUCUGCUAUGCUCUCAAUAAGACAGAUCUCAUAAGAACGCUCCUGUUCUCUUGUGCACCUUCGGGUCGACUGAUCAAGACGAAAACAGGUCAGGAUGCAGUAUAGGCUACCCACGGAGCACAUAACUCUGAUGGACAUGUCAAUCUGAACAACAUGGAGUCCGUGGAAAUGAAAACAUCCAUUUAAUGAAUAUGGGAAUGUGAGAACACACAGGAGAUUGAUAGAAUGGUUGCUGAUUCACAUCAAUGAAGAGUGACUUUUACCAGUGAUAUUUUCAUUCUGUAUGCCUCAAAUAAGAUGAAUUGGUCUUUCAAAUUCAUUAAUGUGUUAUGCUUUCUUCUAGUCUCUGGCUUGGCUUCAACUGUGACAAACAUGUCAGAGAAGUCCUGGUGAUGUAGGAGAGAGCAGGUCAAAGAGGAUAGCUUUUCACAGAAACGUCCUUGAUUAGAGAUGUGAAACUGAGAUGCCUCACUCUCGGCCAAAACAAAUACAAUGACGUAGCAGAAGAUGGAAGAAAAAGAAUAAGAAAGCACAGAGUCUGAGGAUAUAAAUAGGGUAGAAUGAUUGUCUUUUGUGUGCAUUCUGAUAGCAUCUCCACCAGGACCAGGACCAGCACCAGAGUUGAAGAGAACAUCUAGUCUGCACCAUGAAGUUCGCAGUGUUUGUUUUUCUUGCAUGUCUGCUCUGUGUAGUCGUGACAGGUCAGCGGGAGUCUAAGGGCCGGUGUCGGUGCCAGGGUAAAGGAGUGAGAUUUGUUCCCCAACAAAAGAUCCAGACGUUGACCAUGUACACACCAGACCAGUCGUGUUCAAACAUAGAGAUCAUUGUCACUCUGAAGGGCAAUGGUGGGAAAAAGUGCAUCGAUCCAGAGUCUGAUAUUGCCAAGAAGUUCAUGGAAAAAGCUCAGGAAAAAAUGAGAGCAAAAAAGGCGGAUCCUACUGUCAUUCCAGAGUUGACUACCAUAUAACAUUACAUCAACGUUUGUCAAUGUUACAUCAAACAACACACUUUUUUAAUCAGAAUAAGAGGACAGCAUUUCAUCUCAUGCAUAUGCUUAAGGUGUAAAUACCAGUAGAAACUAGUCAGUUCAGGACAUGGAUUUUGUUCAGCUGCUAUACAAUUCCUUCUAAUUUAAAUCUUUACCACAAAUCACAUAAUUUGGUACUUGCAAUAGAAAAUGCACAGAGAAUGUCUACCCAAAGGAAUGCACUGUAUCAUACUGUAUUAAAUAUGUUA